AUGGAGACUUCUAAGCAGAGUCUCUCUGACUUAGCCACCAUAGUCUCCGAUCUCUCUAAGACCACUAACAGUUUUAUCACAGAGACUAGGUCCUCCAUCAGGAAUCUGGAGGUACAGAUUGGUCAGCUGAGCAAGAGGAUUCCUAAGAUUCCCUCUAACACUCUUACAAAUAAUACUGAAGUAAACCCAAAAGAAGAGUGCAAGACCCUCACUAUAGAAGCUGUGGCCGAAUCUGAAGAGGAGCUUCUGGCAUUGAAUGCUAGCAAGGGAAUAGCUGGGCGUUCAACUCCCAAGGAGGAGCAAAUUUUGAAGUUUGAAGAAUACUCCUAUUCUGAUGAGGCAGUGAAAACUAGGGAAGAGCAAAUUUUUUGGUACUUGGAAACCCUCAUGAAGCUGCAUGGCAAAUUCUGUGAAACAGAGGCAUUGGAGGAGGAAUCUCCAGUAUUUACCCAAGAGUGCAGUGUCCUGGUUCAGAAGAAGCUGCCUCAGAAGAGGCCAGACCUCGAAAGUUUCCUAAUUCCCUGCACCAUAGGGACAAUAACCUUUGAGAAGGCUUUAUGCAAUAUUGGGUCAAGCAUCAACCUCAUGCCUCUCUCUGUAAUGAGAAGGCUGGGAAUUUUAGAGGUGCAAGAUGCCAACAUUUCCUUAGAAAUGGUAGACAAAACCCUAAAAAGGGCAUAUGGCAUGGUAGAAGAUGUCUUAGUAAAGGUUGAAAACCUUUACAUCCCUGCAGACUUUAUAAUCCUAGACACUAGAGAGGGCAAGGACGAGUCUAUCAUCCUUGGAAGGCCUUUUCUAGCCACUGCCAAAUCUACAAUUGAUGUGGAAAAAGGAGAGUUAGUUCUGUAG